CCACAAGAAACUUGGAAUUGCAAUUAUAUUAGAGUUAUUAUAUUUUAUAAUUCUUCUAAUGGAGAAAGCUUCCUUAAUCACACGGUAAAUAACAGUUUUAUCAUAAAAACGAAGCCAUUUACGAAAUGGAAUAUAAUGCUGAGAUUUGCUAACGACUUUGGUGUUGGUGAAUGGUCAUCGUUGAUAAAUGUUGUCUCCGCUCAAGAUGCUCCUUCAAAGGUGCAAAAUUUAAAUGCACGCAAUGUUACCGAUAGUCGGGUUUAUCUCACCUGGGACAAGCCUAACAAAGAGAACGGAAUCAUCGUCAAAUACAUCGUACGUUAUCGACAAGAAAAAUGGCUUCAUUCUUGCACAUCAGUUAAUAAUUCUGUUUUAACGAAAGUUGUUGACGCAAACGAAAAUUCAAUUAUCAUUGAAACUUAUCCAACUUCUAAAUACACGAUUAGUGUUUCUGCACUAACAGUAAAAGAAGGGGAAGAAGUUUCUGUAAAUGUUAUGACCAAAGAAAGUGUUCCCGGUGGACCUCCUCAGAACGUAAAAGUUUUCAGAAUUGAAGAGAAUUUCGUGGGAAUAGAAUGGAAACCGCCUGUGUGUUCUCUCUCUUAUGGAAAAAUAAUAGAAUAUCAAUACGUUUUGGAUUCAAAGGAUCCUUGGGAAAAAAGGAAGAGAAGUGGAAAAACAACACAGAUUUACGAAUAUGUUGAUGAUCUUGUUCCAUUCACUGUUUAUACGGCACGAGUUUAUGCGGGAACGGAAAUCGGAUUUAGCAAAUAUUCUGCUAAAAUUAAUUUUACAACAAAAAGUGACAAACCACCGGCAUCUACAAAUCUGACGAUUUUUCUCAGCACGGAAAGCAUUUUAUCAAUGUCUUGGAUUCCUCCUUAUCCUCCAAAUGGAGUACUUCAGAAAUAUGUUAUAGAGUACUGCUCACUUGAAAGUUCUUAUUGCCAUAAAACACAAAAAGUAGUUAAUACUAAUGAAGUUAAGUGCUUAGACGAUAUCAGAAAAAGUCGACAUUGCUACACUUUAACUGAUCUAAAAGGAAAUCAAAAAUAUAAAAUUGAGAUUACAGCGUACAACAAAAAUGUUUAUUACGGAAGUGAAAAAGCCGUUAUUCUUUCUGAAACAAAAGAAUCUGUGCCAGAUCAUCCUAAAACAGCAGAAAUAGUAAAUGUUACGGAACGUUCGGUAUAUCUUACUUGGUCCUUGCCAUCAGGAUCGAAUGGAAAUUUGACAGGAUAUAAGAUAAGCAUCAUUGCAGCAGAUUCCUUUAGUGAUGAUAUCAUUGGAUCUACACAAACGAAGAUUAUAAAUCCGAAUAUAAGAAAUUUUACUUUUAUUAAUUUGCAUCCUGCCACUAAGUAUAAUGUUACCAUACAAGCUGGUAAUAAAAUUGGUUACGGAAAACCUCUGUUUUUCCAUUUUACAACAAAAAUUUCAGUACCAGUAAUUGAAAUCGAACCUAUAGUUACUAGCAUCACAAAUACGACUUUAAUUAUUUCGAUAAAACCAAUUUAUUUUAAUCGAGGUCCUAUUAGUGCAUACUUUGUGAUGGUGUCAAAAGAAAAUAGAAGAAAAAGAAGAGUUGUAUCAGACGAAUUUCGUAGUUAUAACGAAUCGAGAGAAAAUUAUGUCGCUGCCAAGUUUUAUCCUCAGCAAAUAUCUUCUACGGGAAUAAAUUUUACUGUAGGAGAUGGAAAACAUUACAACGGUUUUUAUAACCCUCCUCUUACUACUGGAGGAAAAUAUAAAAUUGGAUUAGCUGUACUAAGUGAAUUCAAUGGGGAACAACGUGUAGGAUAUAAGUAUUUGACAGAAGCAGUUACAGUUAAGAAUCCAGAUCGUUCUACUAUCAACGGAUCCAACAUUCCAGCUAUAAUUGGAGUUUUACUGUGCUCUACUUUUAUAAUUCUAAUCAUUGUAUUUAUAAGUUUGAGACAUUCAAAAUUAUUUAAAUGUUCUCCGGUAAGGAAAGAUUUAGAUAUUAGCAAUUCAAAAAAAGAAGAAAAUGCAGAAUUAGAAGAAAUAUCCGAAAUUCAAAGUAAAAAAAUUCCCGUAUUUGAAUUAGAAAGUUUUGUCCAGACAGCGUUACGAAAUGGAACAUUAAGAAAAGAAUUUACGUCCGUAGAAAAAGGACAGAAUAAAUCGUGGAAAACAGCAAAAAUUCCGGAAAAUAAACUGAAGAAUCGUUAUGGAAAUCUUUUGCCCUAUGAUUCCACGCGAGUUAUUUUAGAGAAGUUACCAGACGACCCGUAUUCCGAUUAUAUCAAUGCAAAUUAUAUAGAUGGAUAUAAAUCUUCCAAAAGAUACAUCGCUACUCAAGGUCCCAAACCUUUAACUGUUAACGACUUUUGGAGAAUGAUUUGGCAGGAAAAAGUCUGCAAAAUAAUCAUAUCAACGAAUUUAGUAGAAAAUGGAAAGACAAAGUGUGAAAAAUAUUGGGCGGAUUCGAGAGGGACAUUUGGUUCCGUAACUGUGACAUUAUUGAAUUCCGAGAUAUUUGCUGAUUAUGUUAUUCGAACAUUCCACGUUAGCAAGGAAAACGAAGUUCGAGAAAUUAAGCAAUUUCACUUUACUACGUGGCCAGAUCACGGUGUUCCAAUAUAUGCAAUAGUAGUUAGUAAUUUUGUAUUAAAAACAAGAACUUAUAAGCCCAAAGACAAAAGUCCAAUUGUGUUCCAUAGUAGUGCCGGAAUUGGACGAACUGGAACAUUAAUUUUAAUAGAUAGCAUGUUGGAUAUGGCAGCGGCCGAAAAUCACGUAGAUCUGCUUUCACAAUUGCAUAUAAUGAGACAACAGAGAAUUAAUAUGGUGGAAACGAUGGAUCAAUAUUACCUGGCGUGUCAGUGUUUAAUCGAAGCGUUAUGUACAGAAAAAACGUCAAUUACUUGUUCAGAGUUUAUUCCCAUUCUUAAUCGUUUAAAAACAGUCGAUCUCAAAACUAAUCUUACUCAAUUUCACGUCCAAUUUGAGAAACUGUCGAAAAUAUGUCCAUUAUUGAAAACAACCGAUUGUCUAACUGCAUUACAUCCAUCUAAUCUUGGGAAAAAUAGAAGUGAUAAGAUUAUUCCACGUAAGUAUUAUUUAUUGUAAGAAUGUUUCGUUUUUAUUUGCCAUUAAAUAUUUUUAUAAAACAUAAAUAAGAAAUAACGAAAACUGCAUAAUAAAAACUUUGAAUUUUAUAGUACAGUUUUCGGAAAGACCACUUCACUCCAUAGUUGCACACGCUUGUUUACAAUUAAUAAGGAAAGCAAAAAGUUAUUUUGAUAUGAUUAUUAGUUUUUUACAUUUUAAUUUAAUUAU